UUAAAUGUUAAAAGAAUCAAAACAGAUUUAUUUCAAACUACGGGGUCUCCUUAUUAUGACAACGUCCGCCCGCUCUCCUAUCCAGAUUCUGAUGCUGUCCUGAUCUGCUUUGACAUCAGUCGGCCAGAAACUCUUGACAGUGUGCUAAAAAAGUGGAAAGGUGAAAUCCAGGAGUUUUGUCCAAACACCAAAAUGCUUUUGGUUGGUUGCAAGUCGGAUCUCCGCACAGAUGUCAGCACGCUAGUGGAACUUUCCAAUCACAGGCAGACACCUGUGUCCUAUGAUCAGGGUGCAAAUAUGGCCAAACAGAUUGGAGCAGCUACAUAUAUUGAAUGCUCAGCCUUACAGUCAGAAAACAGCGUCAGAGACAUUUUUCAUGUUGCCACCUUGGCUUGUGUGAAUAAAACAAAUAAAAAUGUGAAACGAAACAAAUCGCAGAGGGCAACCAAGCGAAUUUCACACAUGCCUGGCAGGCCAGAACUUUCCACAGUGGCGACGGACUUGAGAAAGGACAAAGCAAAGAGUUGCACAGUGAUGUGA